AUGGCUACUCAGAUCACUUCCUACCCGCAACCGGCCUACGACGACGACUACUACAGGGUCCAGCGAGGGAUCCUCGCCGCAUGGCUCGGCGGCGCUAAGCAGAUAGCUGUGCCAAUCACUGACAUGCUCGUACUGGGUCCCGAGAGAUUUGAAGAGCUCAGGACGAACCUCGAGUUCCAGCUCAACACCGGGUUCGACUACCUCAUCGACACAUCUGCAAGCAUCAUCGGCCUCAAGCCUGUUUCGCCCAUGACGAGCCCCAUCUCUGCAAGCCAGCCCAGCACCAAUGCCGCUGCAUCCACGAAGAAGAGCGUGGCGAAGGUUGCACGCCCAAAGAACGCAUUCAUGAUCUACCGUCUCAACCACCACGCAAGCGUCUCAGCUGCGUACCCUGGAAUGCAUAACAAUGACAUCUCCAAGAUCAUCGGCAACAUGUGGUCUCGCGAGAGUCAAGCUGUCAAAGACGAGUACAAGCAGAGAGCUGAGGACGAGAAGCGCCAGCAUGCGAUCGCCCAUCCAGGCUACCAGUACCAGCCACGCAAGCCAUCCGAGAAGAAGAAGCGCAUGACCAAGAACAAGCUGGCCAAGCUUGCUGCAGUGUCCCGCAGCACCGACGCUACCACAGAUGCGACCACGGUCCCAGCCCAACAGAAUGAGCAGACCACCGUCGACACCUUCACACCGCCUUACCAGAACAACACUUCACAGCUCACCAUCCUCGAUGGCACACCUCUCGCCGCCUUCGAUGUCUUCCCUGGCUUCGCUGGUGACGAUGGACUUCACGACCAGCUGGAGCUGUUCAACUCCCAGCAGCCACAGCUGCCAGCGAAUGCAGGCAGCAUUGCGGUGGCUGCCGGUCCUCUCACCUCCGACGACUCAUGGCUGUGCCUGCCGGCUGAAGACAGUCUUCCUACGAACGAUGAUGGCGCUGAGGCGCAGGCCUUCGCCGAGUGGGCCUCCAAUCCUACCACCACUGGCGAGGGAGCUCGCACGCAGGACCCCUUCGCUGAGCAGUAUCGCCAAGAGCAGCUUGAUAAGGAGCUAGAGAACCUUGGUCUCUACUUCGACGUGGAGGGUGCCUCUGGCGCCCCUGGCGUCCCAGAUGGCUUCGCCCCCGCUGACAACUGGCAGCCACUCUAUACUGGCGAGGCUUGA